GCCGCUGGAGAGCUCUCCCGUCGACCGUAGGCUCCAGCAAAAAGACGUGACAUCUAACGUUUUAUUUUGUAAUUUUAUUUAUUAUUUCUCGCCGCGUCGCCACCUCAGACAAGAUGUAACUUUUGUCGACGCCACCUCCAGUAUAUUCAUGUAUUUUAAAAGAGCCGGGAGCGAGUGCGCAGAGACGAGAAGCCGACCUGUUUUGGCGAAUGGAACUUAUUGUGCAUUUGUUUUGACUAUGUUAUCCCUAAGUGAGUUUGGCUUCGGUUCAUCUCUGCGUGCCGUCGACCCUUGAAUUUUUUGGGAUUUACAUCCGAAUAGUUUAAGGGAGACACCGAAGGAGGAAUCUGCAAAGGCUGCGAGCUUUUCCUCACGGAGCCGGGGAUUUAAAUCGUCAUUUGGUUGUGCUCCGGGAGAGGCGAGGGUCAAAGAAAGAAAUUCAUGUGGCCAUUCUCUCUAUAGCCAAACAUUUUUUGGGGAUUGCAUAAUGAGCAAGGAAAGACCUAAGAGGAAUAUCAUUCAAAAGAAAUAUGACGACAGUGAUGGAAUCCCGUGGUCGGAGGAACGGGUUAUGCGAAAGGUGCUUUAUCUCUCACUAAAGGAGUUUAGGAGUGCACAGAAACGGCAGCUGGAUGGAGAUGGAACCCCAAACUCCAAUGGUUCUUUAGCCAAUGGGCAGCUGAAUGGCUCGGGGUCAAAAGGGGGCCACAAACAAGAUGGGUCCUUGCACUCUCAGGGCCUGGACGGCAGCAGCAAGUAUGAGGACAGUCCUGCGAAGAAGAGACCUCGGCUCCAGGCCCAGAGGAAGUUCGCCCAAUCACAGCCCAACUCGCCCAGCACUACGCCUGUCAAAGUGGCUGACACAGGCAGCCUGAACACCACCGUCCUGGCCACUGUGCCCUCCUCGUCCCUUUCAUCUCUCUCCUCUUCGUCCCUGUCCUCUUCCAUCCAGGAUCUGUCAAGACGCAAGCCUAAGACAGAGGACUUCCUCACCUUCCUCUGCCUCCGAGGUUCACCGGCCCUGCCCAGCAACAUGGCCUACUUCGGGAGCUCCCAGGAGGAGGAGGACCUGGAGGAGGACGAGGAGGAGGAAGAGGAGGAGGUGAGGAACGGAGGAGGGGUCCACUCUCACAGCGGGGGCAGCAGCAGUCAAGCUUCGGCCUCCUCCUCAUGCCACUCGACGCCCCGCAAGGGCAAACUCCCCACCAGGCAGCCACUCAACGGGCAUGUGUUCAACAGCCAUGGUAAAACGGGAACAAGAGAGAGUCCGAGGCCUAAGGCGGGAACUCACGGCAGGGACACUCCUGCCCCACCACUGCCACCUCCCCCGCCUCCUCCACCGCCCCUCCUGAGGGAACGAAGCGAGCGGGCAGAGGCACGGGAGCACCUGAGGGAGAAGCAGGCCUUGGCCAACAGUCGAGGCUCAGCUAACGGGUUACCACCAAGAAGGGCGGCUGAGGAGCAACGCAAACAGGUCUCUAAAGUGAACGGGCUGACGCGGGCAAGCUCGGCACAGGCUGUCAGUGGUGCCAAAAAGAGCCGUGACUUCCGAUUGCCGUCCAAAACUGUGAAGAAGUACACAGCCACCGUGUCCAAGGGCCACGUCACCUACACCAAAGCCAAACAGAAAGAACUGGGCAAGAAAACCAAACUCAGCAACAGCAGCAACAAACACAACAGCGCCGCCUCGGCACCAUCGUCAGCGAACAAUCACAAUCAGCACAGCCAGCCAGCAGCCAGCAACGGGCUGGCCAACUCAGGAAAAACAGCGGCACCAGCCCUCCACAGCAAUGCAAAAACCCGCAAACAGGUGCUACUAUCCAAUGGGCUGCACAAUGGGACUGCAGGCAUCCGCCUCAAUGGCAGGCUGAAUGGGCAGCGGCACAACACAACAGUCAAAGAGGAUGUUCAGAAACCGUGCCAGCGGCAGCAGAGCCACGCAGAGUGCGCGGGUCGGGAAGGACUGCGUAACUCCAAGCGGCGCCUGGAGGUGGUGCUCAGCUCGGUUGAAGUUGUUGAACAGAAAGCCAAAACCACAGCAAACGAUGCCAAGAAGGCAAAGAUUCAACCGUCGCCCCUGGAGACGCGCAGCAGCAGUAAGAAGGUGGCCAAUCAAGACAAAGCUGCCUCACAAACCACCACCCCUACCACUUCUCUUCCUAAUGGACAUGAAUCAAAAGCAGCCCCCCUCUCUAAACAAACUCCACCUGUCAACCCGCUUCUACCUUCUACGCCGCCACCUAAACAAACCCAACCUCCCUCUACACCAGCAGCCAACAUGGAGCCGGUGAACCAGCGACCCAAGCGGGCAUCGGCCGGCAAGCUGAUGUUGAUUCGACAAGCACAGCAGCAGCAGAGCAGGUCUCAUGGUCGCAGCUCGUCCUCCUCCUCUCCUUCAUCGGGUCAGAAUCAAACACAAAACCCGAGCCGUGCCAGCACUACCUCAGACCCCCAACAAACCUCUGUGUCCUCCUCCACCACCUCCUCCUCUUCUCCUCUUACCUCCACCAACACCCCUGGACAGCUCAAACCAGCAGCGUCUCGGCUAGUCGACCGGGACAAGGAGUGGGAGCGCGAGAAGGAGAUGACGCGGCUUAAGGAACGAGAGCAGGAGAAGGAGUGGGAGCGCCAGCGGAGCAGUCCUGAGGGUUGGGCAGCGCUUGGUGAAGCCCCUGUCUUCCGACCAGCUCCCAGGGAGUUCUUGGACCCCCUGGUGUACUUGGAUGUGGUGAGGGAACAGGCAGAGGAAGCCGGCAUGUGCCGAGUGAUCCCACCUCCUGACUGGCGGCCAGAAUGCAAACUGAGCGAGGAGAUGCGUUUUGUUACACAGGUGCAAAGGGUCCACAUGCUGGGCCGGCGCUGGGGCCCCAACGUGCAGCGGAUGGCCUGCAUUCGGAAGCACCUCAAAUCUCAGGGCAUUACCAUGGAUGAGCCACCAGUCAUUGGUGGCUGUGAAGUGGACCUGUCACGUUUUUUCCAGCUCAUCAACGACAUGGGCGGCAUGCAGCAGGUGAUGGACCUGAAGAAGUGGACCAAGCUGGCCGACCUCUUGCGCAUCCCGAAGUCGGCACAGGACCGGCUGGCCAAGCUGCAGGAGGCGUACCUCCAGUACAUCCUCUCCUAUGACUCACUUAGCGCUGAGGAGCGCCUCCGGCUCCUGGCCGAGGUGCUGCAGGAGAAAAAGAACCUGGAGGCACGCCGGGGGCCUCUGGAGGGUCUCUCAGACUCCACAGCCCCCAGCGCACUCGUGCUUCCGCGCUAUGAGCCCAAGAACGGGCUGGCGGGUGGGAUAGUGGGAGGGGCAACGGGAAAUCACCGCACCAAUGGAGUGUGUCAUCGUCUGAAGGAGCUAGAGGCUCAGGUCAAAGCGGGCCGGCGCCGGCUCUUCGCUCAGGAAAAACAAGGCAAAGAGGACAAGCAGCACGGGGAGGAGCAGCAGGAGGAGGACCAGGGAGUUCUCAUUGACCAGCACAAAUGUAUUUACAAGGGGAAAUCGGUGUCGUUGACUAACUUCUUUAGGAUAGCCCGGAACUCCAUGACCAUGUGCUUUAACAAGGAACCAGGGGCUGCUGAGGUCGAGCAAGAGUACUGGAGGAUCGUAGAGCAGAGAGACAGCCAUGUGGCAGUGCAUUGUGGGAAGGUGGACACUAGUACACAUGGCAGUGGUUUCCCUACAGGAAAAGCAGAGCCAUUUUCAAAACAUGGAUGGAACCUCACUGUUCUCCCUAAUAACUCUGGAUCCAUUCUGAGACAUCUGGGUGCUGUGCCUGGGGUGACCAUUCCCUGGCUAAACAUUGGCAUGGUCUUUUCUACCUCAUGCUGGUCUCGAGACCAAAAUCGCCUUCCAUAUAUUGAUUACUUACACACUGGUGCUGAUUGCAUUUGGUAUUCAAUCCCUGCUGAGGAGAAGGCUAAGCUGGACAAGGUGGUCCAUACACUGCUUCAGGCCAAUGGCACCCCAGGGCUAGAAAUGUUGGAGAAGAACAUCAUGAUCUCUCCAGAGGUGCUGUGUCGUGAGGGCAUCAAGGUUCACCGCACGGUCCAGCGGAGUGGUCAGUUUGUGGUGUGCUACCCCGGUGCCUUUGUCUCGAAAGUGUGCUGCGGCUACAGCGUGUCAGAAACGGUGCACUUUGCCACACCGCACUGGAUGAACCUGGGUUACCAGGCUGCAAAGGACCUGAAGUGUCGUCGUAUAGCCAAACCCUUCUCCAUGGAGAAGCUACUGUAUCAGAUCGCCACAGCUGAAUCCAAGAGGGACAACGGCCUUCUCCUCACCACCAUCUCCGCCCUACUCAAAGACCUCAGGAACAUAGAGAUACGCCAACGGCAGGAACUUUACAAGGCAGGUUUGCUCUCCUCGGCCCGCUAUGGUACCCAUGAUGGCAACCUGGCACCUGGGGAGGGCCGCAAGAAGCCCCGCGGGAAAUGGCUGGCACUGGAGUCUUCGGAGAGACGCUGCCAGAUCUGUCAGCAUCUCUGCUACCUGUCCAUGGUGGUUCAGGAGACUGACAACGUUGUCUUCUGUCUGGAGUGUGCGCUGCGCUACGUGGAGAAGCACAAGUCCUGCAGAGGCCUUAAGAUGAUGUACCGAUAUGAUGAGGAGCAAAUCAACAGUUUGGUAGACCAGGUGUGUGGCCGGGCAAUGUUGAAGAAUGGAGGCAACGGUGUUGGUAACGGUCCAGUUGUUGUCAGUGCAGGAGGGAUCGACCCCUGCAUCAACCUAAGCCCCGCCAAAGCAUCCCCGGCAAAGCGAGGCCCCCGGAAGCGCGCUACAGUGGAGGUGUCCCUGGCCCGCCUAUCCUCCAGCCACAUCCCAAAGGCCGCAGCUGUGUCCUGAGGGUGGACAUCGCCUCAAUGUCAUCACCGGCCCACAUCCUGCCUCCACCCCUCCAUUAGCCACAAAAACUCCCUAGUUUUUAUUUUUUUACAUAAAAAGAAUCAUCCUUCCUUCACUGCCCAAUAUUUUAAGACCCUGUAAAGUGAAAAUAAAUCUGUAUUUAAGUUGG